AUGGAUAAACCUCAAGAAGAGAUGCAAGAAGUUGGUUUCUUUGGUAUCUACAAAGAAUCUGUCAAAACCAUUCUUUCAUGGAAGAAACUCUUCACCCAGAUCACCUUAACUUUCAUCCUCCCUUUAUCCUUCAUCUUUCUUCUACAUAUUGUUAUUUCGGAUGUAAUUGAUUGGAGGAUUGAAAAUGACGAAGACCGGCUAGACUAUCGUGGCGGAAACGACCACCUCUAUCGUCGCCUAUCGUCUGAAUGGAUUGGAUAUUGGAUCUUCAGACUAGUCUACUUGAGCUUCCUCCUCCUUUUUUCUCUUCUGUCGACUGCCGCCAUUGUUUACACCAUCGCUGUCAAAUAUUCCGGGGAUGAGGUCACCUUCAAGAAAGUCCUGAAAAUCGUCCCGAAAGUGUGGAAGAGACUCGCUCUAACUUUCUUGUGGACAUACUUUGGUUUCUUCAUCUACAACGUGGUCGCGGGAGUUGUGGUCUACAUAUGGUCAACCACCACCACAGACAGCACCUUCUCCGUUGUCUUGUUUUACAUCUUAGUCGCGAUUUACUGUGUGGGUUUUAUAUAUAUAACUGCAGUUUGGCAACUGGCGAGUGUGGUUACUGUUUUGGAAAGCUCUUAUGGUCUGCAAGCGAUGAUGAAGGGCAGUGCUCUCAUCAAAGGAAAGAGGUGGCUCUCAUGGUUCGUAUUCUUCGGAUUGUAUUGCAUCUUUGUGGGCAUCUUGAUAGUGUUCUAUUUAUUCGUGUGGUAUGGAUUUAUGGGACUGAUCAUCGGAAUACUGUGCAUAUUUCUACUUAUGGAUCUGUUUCUUCUUGGUUAUGUGGUGCAAACGAUGCUGUAUCUUGUUUGUAAAUCGUAUCAUCGGGAACCGAUCGAUAAGCUGGGAUUGUCAAGUCAACUCGGAGGUUAUCUGGGCGAGUUUGAGCCUGCUUUCAAGGUAAACAAGGACAUUCAGCUAGGGCAACCUCAAGUUGAAGUUUGA